AUGUCAACUCAAGCAAGAGGAUUACAGAACUUCAUUUCCGAUCUUCGAAAUGCCAAAUCCAAGGAAGAAGAACAAGCACGUGUCGAUAAGGAAUUGGCCAAUAUUCGAAAAAAGUUUACAGCUACGCCCAAACAACUAGGAGAAGAUGGAUCCAACACGGCACUGUCCUCCUAUCAGCGAAAGAAAUACGUCUGGAAGUUGGUUUACAUUCACAUUUUGGGAUACGAUGUCGACUUUGGGCAUCCAGAAAUUCUAGCAUUGGUUCGAUCCAACAAAUACUCGGAAAAAAGUGUUGGAUACACUGCUUUGGCCUUGCUUUUGAGAGGAGAUGAUCCAUUGAUGAAUGCCAUUCUCGGUACCAUUCGGAAGGAUAUGACAACCCCUAUGCCUGCCACUGCCAAGAAUAACGCGCCAACUACAGACACAGCACAAUCUUUGGCUCUUUGUACCAUUGCCAGUCUAUCUGGACUGGAAUUGAUUCAAACUUUGCAUGCGGAAGUCCAACAUACCCUGGUGGCCAAGUCCUCCACUCCCCAUGUCAAAAAGAAGGCAGCGCUUUGUCUUUUGCGUUUGGUCCGAACUAGUCCCAAAUUGGUCUCCGGUCGCGAGUUUGCUCCUCACAUGGCACAAUUGCUCCAAGAUCGUCACUUGGGUGUCUUGACCAGUUGCAUGAGUUUGUUGUAUGGAUUGGCCUCGCAGAAUCCAAGAGAGUACGAAUCCUUGAUCCCGUAUGCCGUUCACAUUUUGGGAAUGUUGGUAUUGAAAAAGGCCUGUGCUCGAGAAUAUUUGUAUUACCGCACACCCAGUCCAUGGCUCCAAAUCAAACUCCUGAAGUACCUCCAAUUGUAUCCCCAAGCAUUGAACAGCGGACAAGAAGUUGGAGCUCCCAAGGGAACUCAGGAACACAUUGCCCAAUUGUCCAAUGUCGUGUCCAAGAUUUUGACAGAAACGGAUGUUUCGGACUCCAUCAACAAGUCCAAUGCUGAUCACUCGGUGUUGUUUGAAGCGGUCAACUUGAUUUGCACUUGGGGAUCGGCAGGACCACCACAACUCCGAGAGGGUGGAAUGAAGCUUCUUGGAAAAUUCAUUUCGGUUCGAGAACCCAAUAUUCGUUACCUUGGGUUGCUCACUAUGGCCAAGCUCGCUCAAUUGGACGGGACUGCUCGCUCCAUCAAGAAGCAUCAAGCGACUGUCCUGGUGUCCCUCAAGGAUGCGGAUAUCAGUGUCCGUCGUCGUGCCUUGGAUUUGCUAUUUGUCAUGUGCGAUACCGACAAUGCCGAACGCAUCGUCGAUGAGCUUGUGGCUCACUUGCCCAUGGCCGAUGCCGCCAUUCGGGAGGAAAUGGUCUUGAAGAUUGCCAUUUUGGCAGAAAAAUAUGCCACGGAUCUUCGAUGGUAUGUCGACACGAUUCUAAAGUUGAUUUCCAUUAGUGGGGACCAUGUCAGUGAUCCCAUUUGGCACCGCGUCGUGCAGAUUACUACCAACCAUCCACAAGGAGAUCUGCAAGCCUACACUGCAGCAACCUUGUUGGUGGCGGCAAGUCCACGUCGUUGUCAUGAGACUGCUGUUCGUGUGGCAGCAUAUGUAUUGGGAGAAUUUGGGUUCUUGGUGGCCGAGAGACCUGGUAUGAGUGGAGAAGAACAAUUCCGUAUAUUGCAUCAACACUGGGCUACUUCGGACGAGCAUACUCGUUCCAUUUUGGUCAGUACCUAUGCCAAACUGGCCAACUUGUACGAAGAAUGUCGGCCAUUGGUGGCGCCCGUCUUUGCUCGAUGCAAGAACUCGGUCGAAGUCGAGAUUCAACAACGUUCGGCGGAGUAUGCCGCCAUGAGAGAAGCUUUUGGCCCCGAGGCUGUCGAGGAUUUGCUUCGAGAAAUGCCUCCUUUUGAGGAUAACAAGCAAUCUGCAUUGGAACAACGACUUCGUGAGAAGGAAGGUGAUGAUAGUGCUGCAGUCGCCAAGGCUGCAAGACCCAGUGCCGAACAAAGAAAGCGGGCUGCUCAAAGUGCGGCUGCUGCCAGAGCUGCAGAAGAAGUUGCGGCACAGCAAUCGGCGGCAGCAAAUGAAGAGGACGAUCCAAUCAGUCCCAUUAGUGAUGGAAGUCCUGGUGCCGAUCCAUCGGAGAAACCUACAGUCGGUAUUCCAAAGGAUGUCAUUCCCGCCAUGAGAAAGGCAUUUUCCAAUCUAUGCACAACGCCGUCUGGAGUGCUGUUUGAGAAUUCCCUUUUGCAAGUUGGUGUGAAGCAUGAAUAUGUUGGAGCCCAAGGUCGUAUUUCAGUGUUUUUCGGUAACCUUGGAAAGAGCCCAAUGACUCAUUUCCGAGCCAUUUUGGAAGAGAGUAGUCACUUGAGAAUGCAAAAGCAGGGAACGGAGGGAUUGUUUGAUGAAAACGAGGAUGGUGGCGCAACGGUUGCUGCUCGGACUCAAGCAAAGUUGUUGUUGCUUGUCGAAGUUGCAGCUCCAUUUGAUGAUGCUCCUGCUAUGCGAAUCACAUUUGAGACGGAAGAAGGUGAAAUCCACGAGUACCCACUUCGACUUCCAAUUGUUGCCACUUGCUUCUUGGAACCAGUCACGCUCGAGGCUCCUGCCUUUAUGCAAAGAUGGAAAAGUUUGGAAGGGCAAGAUCGGGAAUGUCAAGAAGUUGUCAAGACGCCUCCAAAUGCACCAAAGAUCGACGAGGAGUACAUGAAGCGUAUUGCUCAUAUAAUAACCAAGGGUCUCAAGUUUGGUCGAUGCCCCGGAUGUGAUCCGACUCCGUGGACGGUAUCGGGGGCUUCUACCUUCAAGACCGGAGCAAAGGAUGCCAAUGGGAACAAUAUCAAUGUCGGUUGCUUGGUUCGCGUAGAGGCUAACCCACAAGCUGGCGCAUUUCGUGUGACGACACGAACACUUCACCCUCUUUGUUCGAAGGCUGUGAAGAAUGUGGCACUUGUCAGUAUCAAGUUGGCAUAA